GCGCGGGCGGAAUGGCGCCGGCGGGGGGUGGCCCCGGCCCGCAGCGCUGAGGUGCGCUCGCCCGUGAGAGCCCCGCGGCCGGCCCAGCCCGGCCGCAGCGUCUGUCCGCCCGCUGCGUCCCUUCGGCCCCGGCCCGGCCGCCCGCGAGGCCAUGUCCGCGGGGCUGCGAGCCGCCGCCUUCCCCGCUUGGAAGCGCCACAUCGCGGAGGAGCUGCGGCGGCGGGACCGGCUGCAGAGGCAGGCCUUCGAGGAGAUCAUCCUGCAGUAUAACAAGCUGCUGGAGAAGUCGGAUCUCCAUGCAGUGGUGGCAGACAAGCUACAAGCAGAAAAACAGGAUUUGCAAAGCAGGCAUGAGAUCAGUCCAGGGCAUGAUGGUACAUGGAGUGAAGCUCAGUUGCAGGAACUGGCCCAGCUGAGAAUUAAGUAUCAAGAGGAGCUGACGGAGCUGCAUAAGAAACGUGGUGAGGUUAGGAACUCUUUUUGUGUUCUUUGGGCCCAGUCUGUAAUAGAUUUGAAUAACCAAAUGCAGCAGAAAGACCGAGAGAUGCAGCUGAAUGAAGCAAAAAUUGCAGAGUAUUUGCAAAAGAUCUCUGAGCUGGAAACAGAGUGCCAGGAGUUACACAACAAACUGCAGGAUCUUGAGCAAGCUAAUCAAACAUUGAAGGAUGAGUAUGAUGCCCUUCAGAUCACCUUUAAUGCUCUAGAAGAGAAACACCAAGUUUUAAACCUGUCCUCCCUCCUCUUUAGUAAGCGAUUCUCCCAGCCAACUGGAGGCCUUCUGGACUCUAUCACUAAUAUCUUUGGGAGGCGCUCUCUGUCCUCAUUCCCCAUCCCCCAAGACAAUGUAGAGACGCAUCCAGUCUCCAGCAAAGAAGUGAGAGUGCCCAGUACUGCUGUAUGUGUUUUUGAUGCACAUGACGGGGAAGUGAAUGCAGUGCAGUUCAGUCCUGGCUCUCGGUUACUAGCAACAGGAGGCAUGGACCGGAGGGUUAAACUCUGGGAGGUCUUUGGAGAUAAGUGUGAGCUAAAGGGCUCCCUCUCCGGUAGUAAUGCAGGAAUUACAAGCAUCGAGUUUGACAGUGCUGGCUCUUACCUUUUAGCAGCUUCAAAUGACUUUGCCAGCAGAAUCUGGACAGUUGAUGACUAUCGGUUACGGCACACCCUGACAGGUCACAGUGGUAAAGUCAUGUCAGCCAAGUUUUUGUUGGACAAUGCGCGUAUUGUUUCUGGGAGCCAUGACCGGACCCUCAAGCUUUGGGACCUGCGCAGCAAAGUUUGUAUAAAAACAGUGUUUGCAGGAUCUAGCUGCAAUGAUAUAGUCUGCACUGAGCAGUGUGUAAUGAGUGGACAUUUUGACAAGAAAGUUCGCUUCUGGGACAUAAGGUCUGAAAGCAUAGUACAGGAGUUGGAACUGCUUGGGAGGAUCACUGCUUUGGACCUGAAUCCAGAGAGAACAGAGCUCUUAACCUGUUCCCGAGACGACUUGCUGAAGAUCAUUGAUCUACGGGUUAAUGCUGUCAAACAGACCUUCAGCGCCCAGGGAUUCAAAUGCGGAUCUGACUGGACCAGAGUUGUAUUCAGCCCUGAUGGCACCUAUGUGGCAGCUGGUUCAGCUGAUGGGACCCUGUACAUUUGGAAUGUGCUCACUGGGAAGGUGGAGAGAGCUCUUGCAAAGCAUCACAGCUCCUCUAUCAACGCAGUGGCAUGGUCACCAGCCGGUGCUCAUGUGGUCAGUGUGGACAAAGGAAACAAGGCUGUCGUGUGGUCUGAAUUUUGACUGGAAGGAGAAUGAAAGGCAGAGCGUCAGACGCCUCCCUAUAUGAGGGUACUCAUCCAUGGCUGGACAGAACGGAGACCCAAGUGCAGAUCCAUCUUUGGGUGUGCUAUGAAGUUUGUGGGCUUUGCCUUCCAGAGGAGAUCUCUGAGGCAAUCAAGGAGGAAGAGCCAGAGUCAGUCUUUGAAGGCCUGUCACCCUGCUGUUGGCACUCAGACUUCUCAAGUGAUUAGCUGAUCUGGAUGAUAGUGCUACUAGUCAUGCCUUUUUAUAUGUGGUACCUAUGCACUGAAUGGAGCCCAAGAUACUAGACAGAUUCCCUCACCAGACAGCAGUGCCAAAUAUCCUGUUAUGCAAAUGUAUCUGCGACACUUCCAAGUCAGGAGUGUGCUGUAAAGAAGUUACUGUGUAUUCUGACCUAAUGCAUGUCCUGUCUCCUGUGUUCUGUUCCUGUGGACUAGCUUAGGCCUGGGGUGUGGAAAUCUGAAGCACGGACAGGGUGGGUCCUAGUCGAUCUGUAAGAUGAUGGAACAGUUACAAACUAAUUUCAGUUGUCUUAGUGCUCUGACAGCUCUGGCUUCUGAGUUAUUGGCUCAGUGCGGAGCUCUUCCAGUUACGACAAGGUCACUGCAGCAGUUGCAGUCUGAACUCCCUGCAUCAGCUUGAGCUUUAUUUCGGGGAACUGUUCAUUCUCAGGGCAGCUGCACCCUUUGUUAAAACUCUUUACAAGAGCUCCCCUAGCAGCAAUACCAAAAACUUUGGGGACAAUUUAUUUGCAUUCUUACCUAGUAGGUGGGAGAGAUGUGCAACUUCUGCCAUGCUGCUGUGAUGAAGAAUGUAUUUAUGCCUUGACUUCUGGUACCAGAACUUAAUGCCCAGUCCCUUUUGCUGUCCAACCAUCCUUCUGCACUGGAGGCUGUUGGUAGAGCACAAGGGAGCUAAAGGCUUGAAUCCCAAAUGUAGAACUUUGGUGCUGGCAGUUCCAGGCCACUUGCCCCCAUCUCUUGAGCACAUGUGCAAUAUUUCUGUGUGCUGGAACCUAACAGCUGCUGUGGAGCAGGGGUCUUUCCCUGUGUCCUCAGACAUCCAAAUUGGUAAUGGGAUUGAGGGUGGGACUAACUGUGGCAUAGCUUUUAUCCAGCCAAAUUUUUCCAUGUCAGAUUGGCCUCAAGACAAGCCACCAACGUUAUAACGCCUUUUUAUUUGCACUUUAUUUUGCUUCCUUCCUGGGGCUCAUUUUCUAAGGAAGUGUGUUUUUUGAAGGAUUUCAGGGUUAGGAGAGAGAGAGUGGUUGCUGUAACAGCACGCUUGGUCUCUCUCUUCCUCCCUCCUCCCACCCCUCUUCCCUUCCCUCCUCUCUUUUCUUCCUCCCCCCCCCCGGGGUUCUUCAUUCGGACAACUUCUGUAGAGGGGAGUUGGGAGUAUACAGAGCAAAUCUUUUAUUUAUUCAGCUGCUCAUCGGAACUUGAUUGUAAAUAAACCUGUGUUCUGCUUUUAAAACCUA